AUGACGCAGCCUUCUUUCGAGCAUUGGUACUGGGGCACAACGCUGCUGGCCACACUGCGUGUCGCGAUCGUGAUUGGGAGCGAUCCCCGAACUCAAAGCUGGGGACGCUUGGAGGAUGACUUGGAACGCCGGGGCAACCGCCGUGAUGAUGCUCGAUGCAACAAGAGACUUGCAGACGGGUCACGGUCACGACUCCUUAUCGCCCCUGUCCAACUGGAAGAUUACAUCACCGUGCUUGUGGAGAAAAGCACCUCUGGCGCGGUGCGCCAGGCUUGGGGUCGCCCAUGGUGGAUGAGGGCGUGGCAAUUUAGUGGUGACGAUAUCGGAGGAACUUGA